AAGGGCGCUGUGCUCCUAAGACAGCUCGCGUAGUGCGAAGAUGGAAACCGGAAGGGACGUUCCUUCUUUUCACGUGACUGACCUGUGGAGCUGUUGUUUUCCGUCAACUCCUUCCCCCUACUACAAAAACUCAUCCGUCCUAAGCUUUCUCUGCACAGCACUUUGGCUGACAAGAUGGCAAACAUGUUCCCAGACUCAUUUGAAGGACAGGAAUCUCGCAUUCUCCGGGACCUGAAUGAACCUCUUGUUGACCACGCAGAGGGCCAACUCUUCUUGAACGAUGCCUUUAAAAUUAUUAUGGAGGAGGUGCUCUGCAAGGGAACAGACAUCAAGCAAAAGGUGUGUGAGUGGAAAGAGCCGGAGGAGCUCUCUCUGCUGCUGGAUCUGGAGCUGAGGGCAACGGGGGAGCCACGAGAACGGCUCCUGCAGAGGGUUAAAGAUGUUGCUAAGUACAGCAUCAAGACAAGUCACCCACGUUUCUUUAAUCAGCUGUUUGCAGGAGUGGACUAUCAUGCGCUUGCUGGCCGAUUCCUCACUGAGGCGCUCAACACUAACCUCUACACCUAUGAGGUGGCCCCAGUGUUUGUGCUGAUGGAGAAUGAGGUUCUGAGAGGAAUGCGGCAGCUGGUUGGCUGGACAGAAGGUGACGGUAUUUUCUGUCCGGGGGGUUCGGUCUCCAAUAUGUACGCCAUGAAUCUCGCACGUUACCAACUGUUACCAGACGUCAAACGCCAGGGGCUGUUUGGUCUCCCAAGAUUAAACGUCUUUACAUCUUCAGAGAGCCAUUACUCUGUGAAGAAAGCGGCUGCCUUUCUUGGAAUUGGGACGGACAAUGUCAUCUUCGUCAAAGUGGAUGAUGGAGGCCGUAUGGAUCCAGUCGACCUGGAUGAAAAGAUAAAACUUGCAAAAUCUCAGGGUGCAGUGCCAUUCCUGGUAAGCUGCACAUGUGGAACCACGGUGCGAGGUGCGUUUGACCCACUGGACCUCAUAGCGGAUGUCUGUGAGAAGCACAAGCUCUGGAUGCACGUGGACGCGGCCUGGGGAGGGAGCGUGCUCUUUUCCAAGCAACACGCACAUCUGAUGCAAGGGGUUAACAGAGCAAAUUCAGUAGCCUGGAAUCCACACAAGAUGCUGGCCACCGGCCUCCAGUGUUCUGCCCUGCUACUACAGGAUACCAUGAACUUGCUGAGGAAUUGCCACAGUGCCAACGCCACAUACCUCUUCCAGCAAGAUAAAUUCUAUGAUGUGAAGUUUGAUGUAGGAGAUAAGUCGGUGCAGUGCAGCCGCAAGGUUGACUGCCUGAAAUUCUGGUUGAUGUGGAAAGCUGUCGGCUCCAAUGGCUUUGCUGAUCGCGUGGACAAAGCGUUUAGCCAUGCAGGAUAUCUGGUGGACCAAAUCAAGAAAAGAGAGGGGUUUUGUCUUUUGCAGGAGCCGGACUUUGUGAAUAUCUGCUUCUGGUUCAUACCACCAAGUUUGAGAGGGAAGGAAGGAAAUGCAGAUUACCAGGACAGGCUGGCUAAAGUAGCUCCAGUCAUCAAGGAGCGCAUGAUGAAGCAAGGCACUAUGAUGGUGGGCUACCAACCUUUGGGAAACAAGGUCAACUUUUUCCGCCUGGUUGUUUUCUCUCCGGUGCUUUCCCAGAAAGACAUGGACUUCGUCAUUGAUGAAAUUGAAAGACUGGGAAAUGAUCUGUGAACGAAACCCUAACCUACAAGAUCUGGAUCCUUAUCUAGAAUGCAAGGUUAAGCACAAAGUUUAUCUUAAUAGUUACUAAAAUUGUUUUAAGCAUCCAAACUGUAUUCAACUUGUAGGAUUUGAUUGAUGUAAUAAUGAUAUAGGGAGAGGUACUACAUCCAGAAAUCUUGUUCAUGGAACAGAAUGUAUGAAUAAACAAGAAUCAAUCAAGAAACAAA